GUCCGCACCGUCGGUCGACUUGUCCCUCACGGGUGGUGGAUCGUGCCUGGUACUGACAGAAGGCGAGGACAGCCAGCAGCCGGUACCGGUACCGGUCAUCGUUUGUUUCCGUCAGUGUUUGAUCAUACUACUGAGGAUGGAGCCGCUGGUAGCCGCCAUCGACCAGGGGACGAGCUCCACCAGGUUCCUGGUGUUCAAUGCAAAAACAGCUGAACUGAUCUGUCACCAUCAAGUAGAGAUCAACCAGAGUUUCCCCAAGGAGGGCUGGGUGGAGGAGGACCCCAGGGAGAUAAUGCAAUCUGUCUACGAGUGCAUGGAGAGGACCUGUGAGAAACUCUGCCAACUCAACAUCAACGUCUCCAACAUAAAAGCGGUGGGUGUGACCAAUCAGAGAGAGACAACUCUAGUUUGGGACAAAGAGACCGGCGAGCCGCUCUACAAUGCCAUCGUCUGGCUGGAUCUGCGUACACAGUCAACAGUGGAGAGGCUCAUCAACAAAGCUCCAGGCAGAAACAAGAACCAUCUUAAGCACAAGACAGGCCUUCCAAUCAGCACCUACUUCAGUGCGGUAAAACUGCGCUGGCUGCUGGACAAUGUGGACGGAAUCCAAGAGGCAGUACUGAAUGAGCGUGCCAUGUUCGGCACAGUGGACUCAUGGAUCAUCUGGUGUUUGACGGGAGGCAGGAACGGAGGAGUCCACUGUACGGAUAUGUCGAAUGCCAGCCGCACCAUGCUGUUCAAUAUUCACACCAUGGACUGGGAUCCUGAACUCUGCAGGUACUUUGAUAUCCCAAUGGAAAUCCUGCCCAAAGUUCGAAGCUCCUCUGAAAUAUACGGCUGGAUGAAAUCCGGCUCGCUUGCAGGAAUUCCAAUUUCAGGGUGUCUUGGUGACCAGUCAGCUGCCCUGGUUGGUCAGAUGUGCUUCCAGGAAGGCCAGGCCAAAAACACGUAUGGGACUGGUUGCUUCCUGCUCAGAAAUACAGGGACCAAACCUGUGAUGUCAGAACACGGCCUGCUCACCACAGUUGCUUACAAACUGGGAAAAGACGAGCCUGCCUGCUAUGCACUCGAGGGUUCAGUGGCCAUUGCAGGGGCAGUGGUACGGUGGCUGAAGGACAACAUGGGCAUCGUGCAGUCUUCUUCAGAGAUUGAGAAGCUAGCUGCUGCAGCAGGCACGUCUUACGGCUGCUACUUUGUGCCUGCCUUCUCUGGCCUCUAUGCUCCCUAUUGGGAGCCCAGCGCAAGAGGCAUCAUCUGUGGGCUCACACAGUUUACCAACAGAAACCACUUGGCCUUUGCUGCUUUGGAGGCCGUCUGCUUCCAGACCAGAGAGAUCCUUGAUGCGAUGAACCAGGACAGCGGCGUCCCUCUGACACAGCUGCAGGUGGAUGGAGGCAUGACGUCCAACAGGUUACUGAUGCAGCUGCAGGCCGACAUCCUCUGCAUGCCCGUAGUGCGUCCCACCAUGUCCGAGACCACAGCUCUGGGUGCAGCCAUGGCCGCGGGGGCAGCAGAGGGGGUGCGGGUGUGGACCCUGAGCCCUGGUCAGCUCCCACAUGUCACAUCUGAGAAAUAUGAACCACAAAUCAACUCUGAUGAGAGCGAGUUCCGUUUUGGUCGUUGGAAGAAGGCUGUCCAGAAAGCCAUGAACUGGGAGACCACAGAGCCUUGCUGCAAUGGCAACGGUUUAGGAAAGAAGAUGACCGGCGGUCCCUGGGGGGUGUCUGCCACCCCUCCCCCCACCAGAGUGGACCACUAAGAUCAGCAGCAGUGAUGUAACUGUGGUACCAGACCUUGCUGGGAACAUGGAUGACUGCUGUGGAAUAGCACUGAAGAGGAAACAUGCUCACAGUGAGAACGGGCCGGAGGACUGCUCGAUGUGACGUUCAGCGUCUGAGAUGCUGUGUUCCAAGGUCUUAUCAUCAACCCCAAGUGCCAGCUAAAAUGAAGAAUGACACAACCUGUGGGGCUUUUUGAGAUUCUUGUUUCUUUUCUGGGGAAACUGAUUUUUAAAAGUAAAAACUAUAAAUCUCCCUUCAACUCACUGAGCUUGUACAGCACAGCACAGGGAAAACCUGGUGCCCAUAGUCUGAAGUAAAGAGUUGCACUAUUGCACCACAUCACUGUAACACAAGGGAAUACUAUUUACCCAUUUGCUCUGUACAAAGUGUUGAUGUAUUUGUACUUUAUUCUUUGAGAUCUAAAACCAGCACAAACCUGAGGUUACACACGUAGAGCGAGUGGGACGAAUGCAGUUCUAUAAAGUGGUUUCUUUUAUGUACUUUUAGAAAUGGUCUUUGCCCUUUGGGGUAACUUAUGUGGACGGAGAAAUGCUGUCCAUGCAGGUGUAAUGAGACUUAAAAGGGACUGUAUCGUUUUCCAUUGAGCUUAAAAAUAUUUUUGAUUAUGUGGAAAGCUCAAAUUUGGAGCUCAAACUGAAACCUGACUCUUUGUAGGCUCUCAAUAGCACUUUACUAUUUAUCCUGUGUAGGGGGAUUAAAUGUUGGAGCCUUGCUGGUUUCUUUAAGAGGAAUAGUUAUUGUAACCUGUUUUUAAUUAAGGGAAUUUUCUAAAAACAAGACUAAUUUUAAUACUUUUUAAUAUCUGAGCCAUCACACACAGUCAACAAUGAAAAUGAGAACUUUAACUGAGUGAAGAUCCCUCAAGUGAAGUUCAUUUGUAUUAUUGAAAUGGAAUGUGGACAUUGUUUUGUCGUGACUGAUUUAUGAUUUACUUAAAGCUGUGUUCAGCUUUGUAAUGUCUGUACAAGUUGCCCAAAUCCUACUGCCUAUUUUCUCUACUUGCUGCUGAGAUGCAUGCAAGAAUUCAUCAGCGAUGCAGUAAUGUAUAGAUGCUGUAAUCAAUAGUUAAAAUCAGACUUGUACAAUUAAACUGAGUACCUAAGCA